AGCCCUGACUUGGCAGAGAACUAUGAGAGACCAGCAGCAGACUGACGCUGAUCAGGAGAACCCAGGAAAACCGCCGUCCAAUGCCUGCCCGGUCCUGGUGGCGACACCCGGACCCAGACGGAAACGGAACACAGGCAAACCCCCGGUGGACGACUCCAGCGUCCCGUCGAGCGACCCCGUGGACCAGGUCCACAUCUACGCUCCCAAGAAAAUCAAAAGCAGUCCUCAGCAUCAGCUUUCCCCCACGGGACCGUCCCUGUCCCCGGGUCCCGGUCCGACCGCGGAUCCGUCGUCUCCGGAGGACCCCCACGGCCAGAGGGUGAUCGCCAACAUCCGCGAGCGCCAGAGGACGCAGUCCCUCAACGAAGCCUUUGCCUCCUUGAGGAAGAUCAUCCCCACGCUGCCCUCGGACAAGCUGAGCAAGAUCCAGACCCUGAAGCUGGCCUCGCGCUACAUCGACUUCCUGUACCAGGUCCUGCAGAACGAGGAAGUGGACUCCAAGCUGAGCGGCUGCAACUACCUGGCCCACGAUCGGCUGAGCUACGCCUUCUCCGUCUGGAGGAUGGAGGGCGCCUGGUCCACCAUGUCCGCCGGGCACUAGUCUUCGGUCUUGGACUUCUUCAAAAGUGGGCCACCUUCAAAAUGGACUCGCCGGUCUCAGGUUACACAACAAAGACUCCUGAAGAGACUUUGUCCCAUUUCUUAGACGUUCAGUCCUUUGUGGUCACCACGGACUUUUGGUUCCGGUUUUCCUUUUUAUUUUUAUUUUUGUUUUUGUUUUUGUCCCUGCAGCAAGAACUGACGUCUCCGUGUUGGAACUUUUUGUCUCGCAAUGUUUGACCCUUAGCUCCACUGCCAGCAUCACCUCGUCACCAUAGCAACCAUCAUCAUCAUCAACAACAACAACAGCGUAGCUGCUGACAAAAAAGGACUGGCGUGUUGUCCGCGCCAUGCCGCCAUUUUGAGCCUCGGAGUCCUGUGGACUUUGGCCUGGAGGACGGGAAUAUUCCCGCUGGAAGGACCAUGAACGGCUGUUUGAAAAGGAUCAAGUCCCAAAGUGUCUUCAUAAAUAAAGUUGACUUCAAAGUCUCUGACGUCUUGUUAAAAA